AUGGCGGCUUUCUGUGAUCAAGCAACCACUCAAGUGGUGUGCCAACCCUCUCCUCCCCAGCGUCAUUCUUUACUGAAUGUGAGGCGCAUGUUCUCCAGUGACGAAGCUUCCCUCGACUCUGACUACGCCUGGAGCGACGAGAAAGACAUCUACAAUGCCAGCGUGGCCGAUGCAUCCGACCGCAACUCACGACAGUGCGAAAGCGACUACCGCAUGGCCCCUAUUCUCGAAGAAGGAAUGGCAGCUAACAUUGCCAUGUUUAUCCCCGCUCCUAGCUCCAACGGCAGUCCGUUGUCGACAUUGAAUCGCAAUUGCCAGAAACGGGGAAGGGGACGGGGACCAGCAAGUACUCUGCUAUGUCGCGACCAGGCGCUAUCCGAGCAAUACACAGGUAUUCAAGCUCAGACAGCGCAGACGACACACAGAGCACAUGCCCAUUGCAGAGCUAUAUCGCUCGACAACGUCCCGCAACAGAGGCCGCGGAAUUGGCCUGGCAAGCCCGGUCCAGCCAUAAUGCCCAAUCGGCCCCAAUAUCCUGCACCACGCAGAGUACCCACACCCCCAGGACUGCCGUCAUUCAACACUCCCGAGGCAUGCCGUCUUGCCAACCAAUUCUUGCUCAGAGAGACCGAUCGAGCAGGUGGUACAGUGAAUCAUGGGAACAAUCGUGGGCGGAGUUUGAACUCGUACGUUGAUGCGAUUCGCAGGUUCUUCGGUUCGUCGACGACAGUCAACACACAAAAUACAUCGCAGCAUUACGCGGGGAUUGGAAGAGCAGACGAUGGAACCAUAGUCCAUGGUCGUUUUCCAUUUCGACAGAGUGGACAUAACGUGAACAUGGCUCGAAAUAUUCACGACCACCCCUUUGCCCAAAUUGCCCCUGUUGUCGCGGAAACAGAGGUAGUUUCUACAGAGGAUUUCGAGCGUGAAAAGAACAAUGUGCCUAAUCGUCGCCAGCAACGACAAGAUCCAAAUAUACCAGCAGUGUCUUCUAGUCGGGGAGCCUCGCAACUCUGUCACUCUACUACCGCCUCGUGUGUACUGGUCGACCAGCAAGGCCGACCAUUGUCAUUCUCUGAGACUCCACAAGCAUCCCGUUCCGUAACAGUCGACGAUCGAGCCGGACCCUCACCAGCCACAAGAAUCUCAAGACAUGUCGCAACUUCAAGUUCUGCCUCGCUUCAAAUCACUCAAACCGCCGGCAACGACAACAACACUACCGCGCGCAUAUCAUCUGCAAAUGACGGCAAGCGCUCAGUGGGCGAAAGAGGGAUUUUGAUCUUUGCGAAGAGCAUUUUCUGCUGUCUUCCCAAAGCAAAUCCUGCCCGCAAAUGCGGCACAGAAGCCCCUUCUCUGGAAGCUGCCUUUUCUCACGAAUCCCAGCAGGUCCUACGUGGCCGUGCGUAG